AUGGCGGACCGGGAGCAGCUGCUCCAGAGAGCCCGUUUGGCGGAGCAGGCGGAGAGAUACGAGGACAUGGCGGCAGCUAUGAGAGCGGUCACAGAACUCAAUGAGCCGUUGUCUAACGAAGACCGGAACCUGCUGUCCGUAGCCUACAAGAACGUAGUUGGAGCACGAAGGUCUUCAUGGCGAGUCAUCAGUAGCAUUGAGCAGAAGACGCUGGCUGAUGGGAAUGAGAAGAAGCUGGAGAAGGUGAAAGCCUACAGAGAAAAGAUCGAAGCUGAACUGGAGGCUGUGUGUAAUGAAGUCCUGGCGCUGCUCGACAAGUACCUCAUUAAGAAUUGCAAUGACUUCCAGUAUGAAAGCAAAGUUUUCUACCUAAAGAUGAAGGGAGAUUACUAUCGUUACCUGUCGGAGGUAGGCUCUGGGGAUAGGAAGCGAAGUGUCACGGAGGCAUCUGAAGCUUCAUAUAAGGAGGCCUUUGAAAUUAGCAAAGAGCACAUGCAGCCUACUCACCCUAUUCGUCUAGGCCUGGCUCUCAACUUCUCUGUCUUUUAUUAUGAGAUACAGGGUAGCCCCGAACAAGCUUGCCUCCUCGCCAAGCAG